AUGAUGAGAGCAGUAACUUUAUUGAGAUAUGGCGGGCCUGAAGUGCUUCAAAUUUCACAAAUUCCGAUCCCUGUACCAAAGCCUAAUGAGGUAUUAUUGAAAGUUCAUGCAACUGCUCUUAAUCGUGCAGAUCUCUUGCAGAGAAGAGGGUUUUAUCCUCCUCCGGCUGGAGCUUCUGAUAUAAUAGGUUUGGAGUGUGCGGGAGAAGUAGCACAGUCUACAAGAAACUGGGCUUCAGGACAAAGAGUUAUGGCAAUUCUUCCAGGUGGCGGCUAUGCUGAGUAUGCUGCUGUUAAAUCAGAUCACCUAAUGCCGAUUCCUGAGAAUUUAUCUUAUGAAGAAGCUGCUGCAAUUCCUGAAGGCUGGGUUACAGCUUAUCAGCUAUUAUUUUAUAUAAUACAUUAGAUUUUUUCCUUCCUUAUCCCCGAUAAUAAAGCUAAAAGAUUUUACUAUAAAUAUUAUUUAUUCCAAAAUAGGGAAAAUAGGAAAUUAUUUAUAUUGCUAGAGGAAAAGCACAAGAAAAAGUAUUAGUUCAUGCUGGAGCGAGCGGCGUAGGAACUGCACUUAUACAAUUAGCUAAAUUAAAAGGCCUUAAAGUUGCUGUCACUUGUGGUAGCCAAGAGAAAAUAGAAUUCUGCAAAAAUUUAGGGGCUGAUCUUGCUAUAAAUUAUAAGACAGAAUCAUUUAAACAGAAGGUAAAAGAGUUUGGAGGAGCUGAUAUUGUUUUAGAUUGCAUUGGGGCUAAUUAUUUUGAAGAUAAUUUAGAUGCAAUUAGGCUAGAUGGGAGAUGGGUUAUUUAUGGGACUAUGGGAGGACACCAAGUAAAUCAAGUAUCUCUAACUCCUAUCUAGAAGUGAGAAAACCAUUAGAAAAAUUCUAAAAAUUAGUUCCCCAAGUAAUUGAGUAAAUAUAAAAUUAUUUUUUGAUAAAUAAGCAAUAAUUAUUAUAAUAAAAUUCUAUUAUUUUUAUGAAAUUUUAUAAUUAAAUUCAACUUAUUUAAUAUAAAAAGAUUAAAAAUUAUAAUUUCAUAACUUAAGCAAAUGUUUUGCAGAAGAGGAGUAAGAGGAAUGAUGGGGAAAAGAAUUAGCUUGAUUUCGACAACAUUGAGAAAUAGAUCUGAUGAGUAUAAAGCUGAUUUGGUGGGAUCUUUUAUAGAUGAUGGAAUUUUAGAUGCCUUUAGGAAUAGAGUUUUAAAGCCUAUAAUUUACAGGACUUUCCCAAUUGAAAAAAUAGCGGAAGCUCAUGAGAUUAUGGAAAAAAAUGAAAAUUCAGGGAAAAUUGUACUGAAAAUAUCCAAUUAA